UUGUGUUAAAAGCUCUGUCUGGGGUAUCUGAUCUCUCUCUCUCUAACUCUGCCUCUGCAGAGAGACCACCAUGACUAACAUUCUUGUUAUUCUCCUGCAAAUACUUUUGGGCCUCUUAGUCUUACUCAUGCCAACACUGGCUGCCGUAUUCCUGAGCAUAGAUUGUGGGUCCUCGGAUUCGUUCACUGACGCAAACAAUAUCACAUGGGUUGGAGAUGAAACCUACAUUAAAAGCGGUAAAAGCGAAAGUGUUCCGAGUGCAGUUAAUUCAUCAAUUGCUCGUCAAUACACAACUCGGAGAGUAUUCCCCACCGGAAAGAAGAAUUGCUACUCCAUACAGGUGGGGAAGGGAGAGCGUGUUCUUCUCCGUGCACAUUUUUACUAUGGGAUUAAAACGGAUGAAACAUCAACUGCACCGCAGUUUGAUCUUCAGUUCGAUGGCAACCCCUGGGCUUCAGUGUACAAUAUUAGUUCAGGCCUCCCCUUUUACAAAGAAGUGAUGUAUCUCACCAAGUUUGAAGCCAUAAGCGUCUGCGUUUCUCGGAAUGUGUUCAAUCCGGAUGACGUGUCAUUUAUUUCUACAAUUGAAAUAAGGAACUUGGAUUUAGGCAUGUAUGGCAAACUUGGUGCGACUUAUCCAUUAUUCACGAGAAGGAGAACAAACCAAGGCGGAGAUAAAAAUGUGAGGUUCCCAGAUGAUAAAUAUGAUCGAGUUUGGGAACCAGGCGAUAUAUAUGAUCGUUUUGCGCUCAGAUAUGCAGGAAGCACUGAAUUGGUUGCGAACUAUAGUGAAGUUAUAAUUGCAGAUCUUCCAAAUAAGCCUCCGAAAUCUGUGUUACAGACAGAAAUUAAAAGCUCAAAUUCGUCUGAUCCUGGUAUUGCCAUAUGGAUCGUUGAUUACGAGGACAUCGGUGAGGAUGAGAUCACACUGUACAGCGUUUUCUACUUCUUAGAAUUAGAGCAGCUAAAUUCCUCGGAGCAGCGAUCUUUCUGGAUUUAUCUGAAUGGCGGAAAUAUCACCAAUCCGAUAACCCCACCUUAUGGAACUGCUUUGGAGAUUGAUUUAACCACAAAUAUAUCCUAUUCUGCCAAUAAAAUGGGUACAAGUUACGAUCUUCUACCACCAUCCGGCUCGACUCUCCUACCAAUGGUCAAUGCAGUGGAGAUCUUUCAAAUCGGCAACGCCCUAGAAGCUUCUGGAACAAAUGGGACACAUGUAAAGGUGCUAUCUUUGCUACAAAAAACUUUUGUUCAACUUCAAGAUUGGAGCGGUGACCCCUGUCUUCCAAACGAUUUUCCCUGGGACUGGAUCCAAUGUACCUUUGGUUCUCGCGAGACAGCACCACAAGUAACUGCAUUGUAUCUCGGUAACUAUGGACUACAAGGGUCUCUCCCAGAUAUUAGCCCCUUGGAUACUCUCCAAUUAAUAGACUUGAAUAAUAACAGUUUAAGUGGAGAAAUUCCUAGAUACUUGGCUAACUUUCCUAAUUUGAACAUGCUAAAUUUGGCAAACAACAACUUUAGUGGAUUAAUACCCUCUCCACUCACUAAUAAGAGCAACUUAACAUUGGUUUAUUCAGGUAACCCGAAUUUAUUAUGUCCUCCCAAUCGGUCGUCUUGUGAUAUUUCUGGUAAUGGAACUUCGAUUUUGCUACCCUCCACCAACAGCCAGAGCAACAUCAGUAAAAAUUUUCUGGUCACAAUUGUGAUUGUAAUUCUAGUGUCGGUUCUUGUUUCUUAUUGAAGUAC